UCAGGCUCAUUGUGGUGCAUAGGAUAUGACUACAAGGCUGACUACUAAAUCGUGAUGUGUGACUUUGAGGAAGUUUUGUGGUUUUUCAGCCAUGAGAAGAAAAAGAACGAGACACAAGUUGUUCUCUAAUGAAAAAGGACACGAAGAGUGUGUCAGGUUUGGUGCUUCAAAUUCAAGAGCUGUAAUUCAAUUAAAUACCUGUCUCCAAAAUGGAAACGGGAAGCAAAAGAUGGAGACAGCACUUAGUGCAAGCCUGGUUUGCCAUUGCAUUGCUUUACACAUCUGGCCACAGGAAAGGCUGGAGAAAAAACAUCCUUCACUUCAGUGUCUGUUUCAUCAUCAGCCUUGUUUUCAACACCUUCCUCUUCCUGUCUCUCCGUUAUUCUCUGAAGUAUGGUGUGGUGCUCUCGGGUGCCAUUGCAGGCACAUGUGUGGCUGUCGUGACCACUGUGCUGUUCUUCUCCAAACGCGUUCGCUGCUUUGGGAUUCUGUUCCUGAUCUCCUGUGGCAUGCAGCAAGGAAGGAACCUGCUCAUAACUGCAGGAACCGGCCUGGUGGUCUUCCGGAAUGUUCAAAACACAUUUGGCAACCUUAAAGAACUGGCCAGAAGCAUGCAAUGUAACCUGGAGAAAAAGAGUCUUAACAUUGACUUCACACCGCUCAGCAAUUACAUUAACAUCUUAAAAUGGGUUGCUGACCAACUCAAAGGGUUCACAGACUUUGGGGUGGUCAAAUUUACCUCUGAAUUUAACGUCGCUCACAAGACCGACUCAAAGGAGUUCCGGGAGAAACUUCAACAAGCACGCCGGGCGCUCAACGAAACAGCAGAAAACAUGCUAUUUGUCAUGAACACUGUAUCGUCUGUGUGUCAGAAUGUGUUCCCUGCCCUGGGUACGAUUCUGCUGUUCGUCUUCACAGCAUUGUACCUGAGAAAGUAUUUCUACAACAGCAAGUUUCAGAACACCUUCAUCACCGGCAAGUUCAUUCAGUAUGACGAGAAGCAAAAGGCCGAGGGCAAGCCUCACGUCCUUCCCCUGACAAAGAAGGAAGUCAAGCGCUACAUCGCCAUUCCAUCACCUCGUCUGUCAAUCAAGGAAGGGAAAGUGAUGCUGAAGUUCUGCAUUCCGGUUCUCACUAAUCUCCUCAUCUGGGUUUUAUUAAUUGGUGUCGACGGCCUUCUCUACUGGUUUGUUUUAAUCAUCAGAAAGCACCUUGAACAGAUAGAGCCAUUCCAUGUUCCUUUGGUGAUGAGUGUGAGCAAAGAGGUAUCUAUUGCUGGCAUCACUAUCACAGAAGUCCCUAAAAGGAAGGAGGAUUUCUCUUUCUCUGUGGCCCUGUUUGAGAAGGAGUGUCUCCCCGAGCCCAGGCUUCUGCUCUAUCAGUCCGUCGUUCCGCUGGCCGUCAUUCUCAUCUUCCUGGUAGUCCUGGGGCUCCUCUCUGGCAAACUCACACAGCUGAAGCUGCUCGUGUCCGCGGAGUUCUACGGCGAAAACGCAGACAAGAGGGUUCAGUACCUGCAUGCCAAAAUUCUCCGGGGGAGAUCGAAGACUAAGUUAAAUGACCCAAGAAGUGCUCUGAAAACACUUUUGAAAAAGACAAGCUUCUGGUUCCCGAUAUUUUUUCGCCACCAAAAGGAUGACACUGUACAACUAACCUGACUUGAAGAUGAAUUGAAAAGUUGGCAGUUUGGUGUCCCUGUUGGAUGUGGGCUUGUAUUUCAGUUGACUUCAUAAUAAUUAAUACAACGGGUUUCAGAUUUUCCCAAACUUUUCUUCACUUUGAUUUGGAAAUUGAAACCAUAGCACUGGAAUGAUCCCAUUGCUGAAAAGUACCAUAUCUAUAAUGGAAAAAUUAGACUAGAAUGUGCAUCAUCUGUAACACCCGAAGCCCGCUGAUCACUUCUUUUUCGCUUAGCAGUCUGGGAGCAGAGCUGCCCGUGCUACUUUGCCAGAAGGCUGUGUAUUUGUCUGCGCCAUAAGAGCUUAAUCAGCCAGAGGAGGCGCUAAGGAGAGAUGAGGCUAGGGAUACCUUGCCGAUUACAUACAGUAGUAUACAAUAUAGGUUAUACAGCAAUGCAGUAGUUUGGCUAACUUCUCACUCUAAUGUAGCAUAGCUCCUGCCAACUUCAGAGAUAAGCUUUGCAAAGAUUCCAGUUGACAUUUACUAUUUUCGACACGUCACGAUGUGGUAGUCCACAUACAGAUCACUCUGUUGUGGCACUUCAGUUUUCAGCAUUGUAAAAUCAACCUUAUUCCAUGCAUGUACAGUUUAUCGUCUUUGCGUUUAGAGGCGCUUUUGGGCUGAAUUUACAAGGGACCCCAUCGUGUAUAAAUCAGUUAUAAGAAGUGUACAGUGGAUAUAAAAUAAAUACUUAUUAGAAUGCGAAAGUGGCUUGUUCUGGUGUUUUCUGUGGUAUGUCAUAGAAUGGUAAAGGGCCUGUGAUAGUGCAAUGCUCUAGGCUGUUUUCUUACACUUAAGAGGCACAUGACUACUUCCUCAGAAAGAAUGUGGAAAUCUACCACAGAGAAUUUGAAGUAGGCUAGUCAGUGUUGCAAUCAGGAGAAAUAAAAAACUGAAAUGGGAAGUGUGAUUUACUCUAUGUCUCAUUAUUACAAAUUUCCAGUCCAUUUAUACUAUUAAUGUUUGCAAACAUAUAAGGGGGAAAAGUUCAGAGAAUGUAUUGUGAACAAUUUAUAAAUAGAACAUCUAGGAAAACCAUCUUAAGAAUUAAGAAAGAAAUACACAGCUAAGGUGAUGUCAUAAACUUCUGACAGUAUUUUGUGGGUGAAACAUGACCAUCCCCAACGGCACAUGCUUAGGUUUUUCAUUGGUUUCUAGAUCUAGUCAAAAUACAUUUCUUGUAAAGUAUAGGUUAGCUGACAUAUAUUUUGACUUCAUUAGGCCCAUUAGUGCAUUAUUUGGGGAGGUAAGGAAUGAUACAGUAAGUUUUAAAAAUGGGGAAUUACAGUCAGGUCCAUAAAUAUUUGGACAUUGACAAAGUUAUUGUUAUUUUUUACAGUAGAUAUUUUAAAGAAAAUUAAAAUGCAAUAAAAGUCUUUUUUGGGGGUAAAUAUUUACCACCUUUGCACACAGUUUGAGAGUGAUGUUUUCCCAUUCUUCUUGCCAGAUUUGCGCCAGGUUGGUUGGAUGAUGCUUGCAGAAUUCAAUUUUCAAACAGAGCUGCGUAUUUAUGAUGUGACUGAGAUCAGGACUUUGACUGGGCCAUUCCCCAUUAUUUUACAUUGGCCUUGUUCUUAGAAUUAUUGUCUGCUGAUAGGUGAACUUUCUCCAAAGCUUCAGUAUUAUAGCUGACUGAAGCAGGUUCUCUUGCAGUUUUUCUCUGUAUUUUGAUUUUAAAAUUGUUUUUCUUUUCCCGACUUCCUCCGUUAUUUGUAACACUGAAUGAUUUCUGACCUUUAGACAAAAUGUACCUGAAUGAACACAAGACACUCUUUAAAGUAUUAUUUCAUUUAUUCAAUUAAAAAGUAAUCAAACAGCCAUAUCACCCAUGUGAAAUGGUAAUUGCCUCCUUUAACUUGAUUAAUGAUUGCAUCACCUUUAGCUGUCAUGGUUCUGGGGUGUAGUGGCCUUGUGCUGCCACUAGAAGGCACCUGGCCUUUGAGAAGUUCUUAAUUUGUUCCAGGUGUCUGAUUUCCCAAUUAUUUUCACCUGGGGAGGUGCCUUUAUAAGCACUGACAGAACAGCCAUCUGCGCUUUUGUGUAAAAUCCUGUUAAACACAAAGCCGGUAUGGUAGAGGUAUAGGUGCUCGGUGGACGGUUUACUGAACUGUGUUGUGGUUGGUUCUGUGUCCUCUUAAGGCGAGUCAGUCUCUUAGCGCAGUGAGCGCAUUCUGACACCUUAAGAGCAUUUAUACUUUUAUUUUGAGCUCCUGUGAGCCGGUGGGUAUCGGGACGUUGUCCCGGGUAAUGUAUUUUGUUUGUGUUUUUCUGAGCUGCGUCUCAGGGUUUUCUUUUCGCUGAGUAAGUUUUGCUACUCAGUUGUCUUUUCAUUUGAGACCUGUUUUGGGUUUGGUACCAGAGCUUCGCCUCUGUACCACUGGUCCUUUUCUUUUUUCGCCCUGGUUUUCACGGGUCGCUUUUGGUUUCGCGAGCCAGUUUUACGGCUGGACAAGGGGGUCCUUCGGGGUGGUUUUUUACUCCGUGUUUUUUUUGUUUAGGAUCCUUUGUGUGCGGGAGUUGCUCUCCCAAGGAUCUUAUUUGUUUUGUGUUUUACUUUCGGGUGUUCCCCUUCCUUUGUCCUUCGGGACUUUGUGGCUAACGCUUCCGGUAGCGUUAGCUUUUCGUUCCCCUAUAUUCGUCGCUUCUGGUUCUCCAACACCCCCACACCGUUAUUAGCAGCAAUAACCGUAAUCGGUGCUUUCCAUAAUUUGAUAUCAGUCCUUUUUGCAUUGCUGUGGAGGAGUUUUAGCCCACUCUUCUUUGCCAAACUGCUUUAAUUCAGGCAAAUUGGGAUGAAAAGCUUGAUUUAGGUCCUGCCACAGCAUCUCUAUUAGGAUCAAGUCAGGACUUUGCCUAGCCCACUCCAAAAAUUUCAGCUUAUUUUCAGUCAAUCGGAUGUGGACUUGCUUUCGCGUUUUGGAUCAUUGUCUUGCUGCAUAACCCAGUUACGCUUUAGCUUCAGCUCAAGAAAAGAUGACCAGGCAUUCUCCUUAAUAUUUGUUUGAUUGCUGAUAUGAUGUUCUUACUGUGAAAUGCUGCAUUUGCUUUUCGCCAGACGUAUUGAGACCUGUGUUGUCCAAAGUUCUUUUGACUCAUUUGUCCAUUUCUAAGUUUAAAUUUGAAUAAAUUUGGAAAAUGUAUAACGUGAUUUUCACUGUCGUAAUGGGGUAUUUUGUGUGGAUUAAGGAAAAAUACAUUCAAUUUUUCCAAAGCCACUGUAUAUGAGUACGGUAUGUGUGCAUGUGUGUACAAUAUACAAUCAGGCUUAUUACAGACUGUUCAUGUAAAUCUAAAUGCGCAUACGAAGAACUGAAUUCUUCCUGAGGAUAUCAUUUGAAAAUCCCACCUACUAAGCAAGUCAAACUCUUGACAUCCCUACAAAUACUUUUUUUCCAUUUAGCCAACCAAAUUUAAUGAAACAAUUAAGCUAUCCAUAUCAUGACUACUAGUACUGGUAUGACAAAUGGGAAAAAAAAAAAACAGUACAAUAGUUCAAGAGAAUUUGCCUAACAUUGUUUAAACCGUGUUUAGACCAGCUUCACUGGUCAACCCUUGCGCUCACCAUGGUGACAGAAUUCCUGAUUUGCAUAAUACUUUUAUUUUUAAAAUGACAUGUAAAUGCACACAUUCAAUCAGUGGAUGUGGCUGUGGUUUCAAAGACUUCUCAUAACACCAGCGCAGCCAGCUAGCUUCUUAUCGGAGCAUUACACAAACGAGAACGCUGAUAGUAAUUUAAGCUUGCUUUCGUGCCCUGGGGCCUCAGCUUUUGAUAUUUAUGUGAGAAUCAACCUAGUAUUAAUAAUGAAAUAUUUCCACAUCAUAUAGAAAUAUGUGCUGCGGUGCAGCUGAUGCUGGAUACUCCGUAGCUUCACCAAUGAGAGACGUCCGUGUUCGGAGGUUGAGGGGGAGUGGAAGGGACGGAGGCCGAGGCAGGGGAUGACAGGGUUGACAGGGCCCUUGAUGACUCAGACUCCACUGCUGACCUGUGAAUUCUUGAUUAACUCGCAUUAAAAUCCGUAACUGCUUCAGGGUUAGCCCUUCCACUCCAGCGGGCCAAAUAAAUGAAAACCAGGUUGACUGCUGACGUUAGCCAGCUCUAUUCUGAGGGCUGCAGGCCUGAGCGGUUGUGCUCCCAUAUAAAGAGCCUAGUUGUGAAAAUGCUUGGGGUACGGAGAACAUCAAUCCACAAAAAGAAGUUAUAUUAACAGCACUACAAUGCAAGUGCCAGUUUGACAAUCUGCCAUAGAAAAUGCAUGGACACUGGUAGAUCGAGGGUUUAUUAGAACAUGAAUCUUAAUGGUUAGAAUAUUGUAUACAACAUUUAUGUAUUCCAUUUCAAUGCAGAGUGAACUAGAAUAGCGGAUUAAAACCUUUUGAAUACCCCCCCUCUCUCUCUGACAUCAUUCAUUAAAAAAAGA